GCCCGCCCGGCAGUGCUGACCAUGGCGGCGACGGGAGCAGCAGCGGCGGCGGCGGCGGGAGCCAAGGGGCUGUGGGGGCUGUCGGCAAAGCCGCUGGGCGCGGCGGAGCCCUUGUCGCUGGGCUCGCUGCGGGGGAAGGUGCUGCUGGUGGUCAACGUGGCGUCUCUCUGAGGCACCACCACCCGCGACUUCCUGCAGCUCAACCAGCUGCAGGAGCGGUUCGGCCCCCGCGGGCUGCAGGUCCUCGGCUUCCCUUGCAACCAGUUCGGGCACCAGGAAAAUAGUACGAAUGAGGAGAUCAUGCUCGCGCUGGAGCACGUUCGUCCCGGCAACGGGUACAAGCCCAAUUUCAUCAUGUUCGAGAAGUGCGAGGUGAACGGGAAGAACGCGCACCCCCUCUUCACCCUCCUGAAAGAGGCGCUGCCCUUCCCGCACGACGACCCCUCCUCCCUGAUGACCAACCCGCAGUACAUCAUCUGGUCCCCCGUCUGUCGCAAUGACGUCUCCUGGAACUUCGAGAAGUUCCUCAUCGGCCCCGACGGCGUGCCCUUCAAACGGUACAGCCGGCACUUCGAAACCAUCAAGAUCCAGGAUGAUAUUGAAUUGCUUCUGCAGAAGGUUCCCAAGAAUGUUCUUGGAUAAAGAGGAGUUUUUCACGCAGGGGGCUGCUGCUCUUGGCAGAAAUCCCAACAUCUCAUGCAGGUUUUGCUUAUGAUGGUGCAUCUUCCAAAUUCUUGAAGUGUACUUGAUGUUUUCAAAGGUUGCAUGUGAAUGUUUGGGAAACUAUGCUGUGAGUCUCAGUAGCUGACUGUGAUUCCCUGAAGAAAUAAAAAGUGUGUACUUUCUUUAA